AUUGCCAGUUGUCGGCUGCACUUUCCUCACGCUGUCAGAUCCAGGGAUUGGCACCGAUGAUCAAGGCACUUAUCAAGUGCCCUGAUGAUCGGUGCCCAGCAGUGCCACCCACCAGUUCUGCCCACUUGUGCACAGCAGUGCCACCCACCAGUUCCGCCCACUUCUGCCCAGCAGUGCCACCCACCUGUGCCCAGCAGUGCACCCACCUGUGCCCAGCAGUGCCACCCACCUGUGCCCACCAGUGCCAUGCACCUGUGCCCACCAGUGCCAUGCACCCGUGCCCACCAGUGCAGCCCAGCAGUGCUGCCAGUCAGUGCCCAGCGGUUGUGCCAGUCAGUGCCCAGCAGUUGCGCCAGUCAGUGCCUAACAGUGCCGCCAGUCAGUGCCUAGCAGUGCCGCCAGUCAGUGCCCAGCAG